CUCUAAAUAGCCUAUCUCCACGCUUAACAGCAACCCAUCAUCAUCUUUCCCUCAUACCCCAAUCUUUGUGCCCCACUCCACACCAACAUGGAUUCCCAGGGGUGGCCCGAGCCAGUCGUCCCAGUCCAGUCCUUAUCGGAGAGCGGCUUGAUGGAGAUCCCCGCGAACUACGUCAAACCCCCCUCCGAGCGGCCUCAUGCUGUCUCGUUCCUCGACGGCCCCGAGGAGGGCCUGAAGAUACCCAUCAUCGACCUCGGCGGCCUCGCAGGCGACUCGGGGGAACGACAGGCUACCAUGCAGGAGAUGUGGGAUGCAUGCAAGGAAUGGGGCUUCUUCCAGGUGGUGAACCACGGCGUCAGCCUCGAUCUGGUUGAAAAGAUGAGGAAGCUGUGGAAGGAGUUCUUCCACCUUCCCAUGGAGGAGAAAAAGGCCUACGCCAAUAGCCCCAAGACAUACGAGGGUUACGGCAGCCGCCUCGGGGUGGCGAAAGAUGCUAUCUUGGACUGGACCGACUACUUCUUCUUCCAUCUCUAUCCAGACUCUGUGAAGAACCUCGACAAAUGGCCUCUCCGCCCUGAAACCUUGAGGGGGACCACUGAAGAGUAUGGACGUGAGUUGGUGAAGCUUUGUCGGGUGUUGCUGAAGGUGCUGUCGAUAGGUCUGGGAUUGGAUGAGGGCUACCUCCAGAAGGUGUUCGGCGGAGACGACAUUGGAGCUUGCAUGCGGGUGGGUUUGUAUCCCAAGUGCCCGCAGCCAGAGCUGACCCUCGGCCUCUCGCCGCACUCCGAUUAUGGAGGCCUAACCAUCCUUCUGGCUGACGAGCGUGUCAAUGGCCUCCAAGUUCGCAAGGGGGAUGCAUGGGUUACUGUUCAGCCUGCCCCUGGGGCGUUCACCGUCAACGUCGGUGACCAGAUUCAGGUGAUAAGCAACUCAGUUUAUAGAAGUGUGGAGCAUCGUGUGAUUGCAAAUUCUGUAGAGGAGCGCUUAUCCUUGGCUUUCUUCUACAACCCUAGAGGUGACUUGGCCAUUGGACCUGCUCCAGAGCUCGUGACACCGCAAAAUCCACCACUCUAUCGGACAAUUAUAUUCGAAGAGUAUCGGUGGUACAUGAGGAACUUGGGUCUGCGUGGCAAAUUAGCAGUGGAAUCAUUGAAGACCAAGUAGGCUAAACAUCUUGCGUCGUUACUAUCCCAUGUAUGGUCCAUAUGUUUUAUCCAAAAACAAGGGAUAUGUAAACGAAAUAUUGGAUGACAGAAUAAGAAAGCAAUCGAUAAAUCAUAUAUGUUUUCGGCCUUCCAGUGUUGAUAUAAAU